CAGGCUCUCCUUGUCCUCCAACAUGGCCUCCUUCAGUUCCUCCGCCCAAACCGCGUCCUCCUACCGCCGCCACUUUGGCCACGGCACCUACGCCUCGCCUUCCCUCAACCGCUCGCUGCUGGGGCGCAGCAGCGGCGGUGGCGGGGGACACGUAACCUCCAGGGUCUACGAGGUGACCCGGGCCAGCUCGACGCCGGCCUACCGGGUCUCCUCCAGCUACUACGGCAAGCCCCUGGCGGCCUCCCGGGCCUCCAUCGGGCACUCCUUCGCCGGCAUGGGCGAGACGCUGGACUUCAGCCUGGCCGACGCCAUCAACCAGGAGUUCCUGACCACGCGGACCAACGAGAAGGCCGAGCUGCAGCACCUGAACGACCGCUUCGCCAGCUACAUCGAGAAGGUCCGCUUCCUGGAGCAGCAGAACCAGACGCUGGCGGUGGAGGUGGAGCGUCUGCGCGGCCGCGAGCCGACGCGCAUCGCCGACCUGUACGAGGAGGAGAUGAGCGAGCUGAGGAGGCAGGUAGAGAUCCUGACCAAUCAGAGGUCACGCAUUGAGGUGGAGCGGGACAACCUGGCCGACGACCUGGACAAGCUCAAACUCAGACUCCAGGAAGAGAUUCUCCAGAAAGAGGAAGCAGAGAACAACCUGGCUGCUUUCAGGGCGGAUGUGGAUGCUGCCACUCUGGCUCGUCUGGACCUGGAGAGACGCAUCGAGACGCUGCAGGAGGAGAUCGCCUUCCUGAAGAAGAUCCAUGAAGAGGAGAUCCGCGAGCUGCAGACCCAGAUGCAGGAGACUCAGGUGCAGAUCCAGAUGGACAUGUCCAAGCCCGACCUGACGGCGGCGCUGAGGGACAUCAGAGCCCAGUACGAGGGCAUCGCCGCCAAGAACAUCGCCGAGGCCGAGGACUGGUACAAGUCCAAGGUGUCCGACCUGAACCAGGCAGUGAGUAAGAACAACGAGGCCCUGAAGCAGGCCCGGCAGGAGACCAUGGAGUUCAGACACCAGAUCCAGUCCUACACCUGCGAGAUCGACUCCCUCAAAGGCACCAAUGAGUCCCUGAUGAGGCAGAUGAGGGACAUGGAGGACCGUCACGGACUCGAGGCCAGCGGCUUCCAGAACACCAUCGCCCGGCUGGAGGCGGAAAUCGCCAACAUGAAGGACGAGAUGGCGCGCCACCUCCGCGAGUACCAGGACCUGCUCAACGUCAAGAUGGCGCUGGAUGUGGAGAUCGCCACCUACAGGAAGCUGCUGGAAGGGGAGGAGAGCAGGAUUACUUUGCCUGUGCAGAGCUACUCCACCCUGAGCUUCCGAGAGACCAGCCCCGAGCACCAGCAGCGCUCCUCGGAGAUGCAUUCAAAGAAAACUGUCCUCAUCAAGACCAUCGAAACUCGUGACGGAGAGGUCCUCAGCGAGUCCACGCAGCACCAGCAAGACAUCAUGUAACGAUGCAGAAGAUAAGAAGAAGAAGAAGCUCAUCUGUCCUUCCCCGAGUCAGACAGAUGAAGAGAACAAAUCGAAGUAAAAAGACUUCAAACUCAAGAUUGUGGCCUGUACUUGUUUUACAGUUACUGUGACGUGAAUCCAGAGCAGGGUGGUGGUCUCAUUAAUCAGGGUUUGUUUAUCUCUGCUUGGUGGUGUGUUGCUGCAUGGGUGUAGCUGGCUAUGAGCGCACAAGCUGCCCUGCAAAAAAUCUCCAUCUAACAGUCAUUUCUGUCUUUAAUUGAUCCAAAAAACCCUUUUUUAAAGAAGUGAGAACAUAUUUGAAACUGCUCUCAUUAGAAAUCAGCUUGUUUCAAGGGAAGAAUAAGUUGGUUUGCUGCAGUGGAAGCAAGAAAAAGAUGCAAUUACAUAUAAAAAAAUGAUUUGACAAGAUGGAGAUUUUUAAAUAAUUAAAUAUUCAAAUGUUGACAGGCUGCGAAAGGGUAAAAGCAUUUCAGCGUUCGCACUAAAUGAAACACUCUGGUGUUGUUUACGCUUCCUGCUCUGCAAUUUACGUUAAAUGUCACAGAAAAUCUAUUGUUUCACAUCAAAUCCUCUGUUUUCAGCUAAUUUUUUUACCACGAAAAGUGUGCAGGUGGAUCCAAAUCCACAUGUAAAAUACAGCAGUUUGUUUUGUUCCUGAAGGUCGCAGCUUCGUCCAAUCAGGAGCGCUAACGAGGACGAGGUGCAGCGUGUUUGUGCUCAUCGGCAAAGGGACGCAGAGAGGACAGAUAAAAAGACGGAGGAGGAGAUUAAAAGGUGUCUGGAGAUGCAGCGAUAGAUAGGAGGUUGUGUGAGGUAGAAAAUACAGGAGAGAGAGAGAGAGAGAGAGAGAUAAUCCCUUGUGACUUUCAAAUAUUAUCUGCUAAUAAAA